AAGUAAAUAAUAGAUUGAACGAUCGGUAAGUUUUUUUUAUUUAAAGAAGGAUGACGUUUCGAGCUAACGAUCUUCCUAAGAUCGUAUAGCUUACAACAAAGAUAUAAAAAAAGUUGGCGAUUGUUUAUUCUAUUCUUUAAUAUCGGUAUCUUUGUCGCCUACGCGGUUUUAACCAUAUAUUUCUUUUUAUAAAGGCAUCAGUACUGUAAGCGAGUUGCCAUUGGUACUGACUGCAGUGCAGAACUAAAAAAUAUUUAGUUUUUGCGUAUUAUGCAAUGGAAGCCACAAGGAGUGACGUGUUGGGGCAGUAUCGAACAAUUUCUCUCAAGCUAAAAAAACGGUUUCUCAGAAAACCCAAUGUAGCAGAGGCUAGUGAGCAGUUUGGUUUGUUAGCUAAGGAACUACAGCAGCAAGAGUGCCCACAUUAUGCAGCUUUCUGUUGCUUGGCCGUUGCAAGGUGUGAGCAUACUCUGGGUAACGCUGUGGGUGAAACCCAAGCCUUGGUUGAUGGAGCAAGGUCGUUUCUUGAAGCUGAGCAACAGAAUCAUCAACUUAAUUGUCCUAGCUUUGACGAGCAUCUCAAUGCUGCCAUAAGCUGCUACAACCAUGCAGUUAAAGUCCACCUCGAGGAAAAACAGCCGUCACUAGCAGCAUCUUUAUGUAUGGAACUUGGACAGACCUUGAGGUUGUUAGGGAAGAUCAAAGAAGCCACCGCACAUUUCCAGAAAGCAGCGGAAUUGUUGAGUCAUUGCGUUGCAGACUACCUGAAUGUCUUGGAUCUCGUGGCUUCUUGUAAAAUACAGCUUGGUGAUUAUGAUGGAGCUCUGAAUGUGUUAACUGAAAUGUCACUGGUUGCGGAAGAACAAGGUGUAUCACCCACUGAUAACCAUGUAUUUGGAGUGUUUGCAUCACUUCUUGCUAAAAUUGAAGUUACAAGGGUGUUACUGCUACUGUUGUUACAGCCAAGCCCACAGAAGUUAAAAUCGGAGCACGCUGAAACACUAGAGAAGUACACGUGGGAGGUAGAUGAAGUAAAUAACUCGGCUGGAUAUCUGUGUGAAGACCUGUUUCUUCUCCUUCAGUCACUUGUGCUGGAUAUCUGUGUGAAGACCUGUUUCUUCUCCUUCAGUCACUUGUGAUGGCAUGCCAGUCUUGUGACAUUGAAACUUUGAAAUUACUGCAGAAAGACUUGUGGUAAGUGUUUGUAGAAAUAAAAUAGUAUUUGAUAAAUAGCAUUUAUAAAUAUGAUUUUUUGUUAGUUUUAUUUAAAUCUAAGUAUUCAGUGGUAUAUAAAACAUUCUUGGUAACAUUUCAAAUAUUGCAAAAUUAAAUUGUCCUGAGAAAGUUGUAUGCAUGAAAAAUUGUAACUACAGAAAAUUUACACUUGUGUAGUAUUCUCAUUACACUAAUUAACUUUUUGGGUAGUAACUGCAAAUAACAGGAGGAACAUUCAGGAUAUGUAUUAUAGAACUAAUGGAUAAAAAAUUGGGCAGCUCUUCUCGACUACAGAAAGAGGCUGUUAUAAACUGAACAUUAUGAUAUAUAUACAGAAACAACAAUGUGAAUACUCGGAGCACAUGUGCUACCCAUGUAAUGGAUUGCCCCAAGUGAACGUAGGUAGAGUUUAAUCUCAAGGUAUUUUGAAUCUUAAAUGCAGCAUUAUUACUAGAGAGAGCAACUACAAGAUAUGAAAAUAAGUCUUUUGGUAAUAUUGUCUGUCAGAACAAUCUAAUAGUAUGUAAGUGUAUCACAGACCGUGAAUAGUAAAGAUGUAAAAACCACAUUUAUAAAUGUAUGACGAAUGACCAUUUAUUUGUAUUUCAUAUCCACAAGUGAUCAUCAGAUGCCUCACUUGCAUAAAAUUGAAAUAAGAGAGCUGGUUGAUGUUAUUUUAUAACAGUGGUUUUGUCUUGAGUAGCUGUAAUACUACAAAUUGUGCUUACCUUAUAAUUGUUUAAUAUUAUAAGAGAAGUGGUUGAUGUUAUUUUAUAACAGUGGUUUUGUCUUGAGUAGCUGUAAUACUACAAAUUGUGCUUACCUUAUAAUUGUUUAAUAUUAUAAGAGAAGUGGUUGAUGUUAUUUUAUAACAGUGGCUUUGUCUUGGGUAGCUGUAAUACUACAAAUUGUGCUUACCUUAUAUAAUUGUUUAAUAUUAUAUAACAGUGGUUUUGUCUUGGGUAGCUGUAAUACUACAAAUUGUGCUUAC